CAUCAGCGCCCAGCGCUCGCUCCUCGUUAUGGCGACGUCACCGUGCUCCUUUCUCGCUCCGCCUUCCAAUUGGGUUACGGCACGACAGCGUCAACUCCACUCAAGUUUUUGUUUUUAAUUCUGAGCAGAAAAUAUCAGGUAACCAGGAACGAGGAUGGAACGACCCCCCUCAGUUCUCCUAUGGGCUCCAGACGGCCCGCACGCCACAGAGGAACGUCCUGAACAAGAGGCCUGUGAUGCCUGGUCUCACAACGUUUCUUACGCUGCGGCCCCGCCCAAGACUCCUCAUUCCAGCCCCUCCGGUCCACUGCCAUGUGGUGUGGCCCCGCCUCCCGCAGGUCGCGCGCCCGAAUGGAAGGCCACGCCUCCCGCAGCCACCGCGGAGCCAAAGAGGAUUCAGGGUGACGAGGACUGCGGCCAGUCGGAGGCAGAGCCUGACGCAGAGGGUGUGGCGGAGGUUCUGCAGCGAGCGCUGGCCACAUGCAGGGGGGACGUCGCGCCCCAAGUGUGUAACGAUAUGGAAAAGAGACUCCGCCUCUUUAAGGACAACUGGACAUCGGGACGACUAAGUCUCCCUGUGAGGAGACGCAUGAGCGCCUUGUCGCGAGAAGUGCAGGCGGGACGCUGGGACCAGGCCGACGAGAUCCAUCGCUCCCUGAUGGUGGAUCACGUGACGGAGGUCAGCCAAUGGAUGGUUGGCGUCAAGCGACUGAUCGCCGAGACCCGAAAGCUCCACCCAGAAGUGUCGGACCACGGCGACGCCUGUCAGUUGUGACCUUUGAACCUUUCAAAGCAGACGGCGGCGGCGGGAGGUCAAAGGUAAUGAGGAGGCAGGGAGAAUGUUGUUGCCAUAGCAACCAUCCAGUAGCUGCCGUUCUCCUUGUGCUGACUGACCAAUCAGAGUGCUUCAACACCAAGGAAGUAAAAUGUUGUUGUUUUUUUGUCCUUUCUGGACGUUUGACUUAAUAAUAAAAAAAUAUACAUGAUGA